AUGGUUCAGAUCGAGGAAGUUAACGAUGCUACGAAAGUGCAGAGCAAGGGGGCUCGUACUGCAGCACAUACCCACAUCAAAGGACUUGGUUUGGAUGAAUUUGGCGUUGCAAGACAGGUAGAAGGUGGAUUUGUCGGACAGAUAGAAGCGCGAGAGGCGUGCGGUGUCAUAGUUGACCUAAUCAAAGCCAAAAGAAUGUCUGGGAAAGCCAUUCUGCUUGCUGGAGGACCUUCAACAGGUAAAACAGCUCUUGCACUUGCUAUUUCGCAAGAGUUGGGUCCUAAGGUGCCUUUUUGUCCAGUGGUUGGGUCUGAACUGUAUUCUGUCGAGGUAAAGAAGACCGAAGCUUUGAUGGAGAACUUCAGAAGAGCCAUUGGGCUCAGAAUUAAAGAGAUCAAGGAAGUUUACGAGGGAGAAGUGACGGAGCUCACUCCUCAAAGCGCAGAAAAUCCGCUGGGUGGGUAUGGUAAGACCAUCUCUCAUGUGAUCAUAGGAUUGAAGUCGGCUAAGGGCACCAAGACUUUGAGACUAGAUCCAACUGUCUAUGAAAGCAUCGAGAGAGAGAACGUAAGCGUUGGAGACGUGAUAUACGUCGAGGCGAACACCGGCGCUGUCAAGCGUGUAGGAAGGUCCGAUGCUUACGCGACAGAGUUUGAUCUAGAAGCCGAGGAGUACGUUCCGCUUCCAAAAGGAGAGGUGCACAAGAAAAAGGAAAUUGUCCAAGACGUGACGCUGCAUGACCUAGAUGUAGCCAACGCUAGGCCUCAAGGCGGUCAAGAUGUCUUGUCUAUGAUGGGCCAGUUGAUGAAGCCCAAAAAAACUGAAAUUACCGAAAAACUGAGACUUGAAGUGAACAAAGUCGUGGCCAAAUAUAUUGACCAAGGUGUUGCUGAACUCAUCCCAGGUGUUCUGUUUAUUGACGAGGUAAACAUGCUAGAUAUCGAGAUUUUCACAUAUCUAAACAGUGCUUUGGAAUCCGAGAUCGCCCCAAUUGUUGUUCUUGCGUCCAAUAGAGGCCUGACAACAGUUCGUGGAACGGACGAUAUCGUAUCGCCACAUGGUGUACCACCAGAUCUCGUCGACAGAUUGCUCAUUGUGCGCACUCUUCCUUAUUCUAAAAACGAAAUUCGCACUAUCAUAGAAAGAAGAUCCCUCGUUGAGAAUCUACAAGUGGCACAAGAAUCUCUUGAUCUUCUGGCAUCCAUGGGCUCGGAGACUUCGCUGCGUUAUGCUCUUCAACUUCUAUCACCAUCUGGAAUUUUGGCCCAAUCAGGUGGACGCUCUGAGAUUACUGUAAAUGAUGUUAAUGAAGCAAAAAUCUUGUUCCUCGACGCCAAAAGAUCAACAACAAUCUUGGAGUCGGCAAAGAAUUUUAUGUAA